AUGGGUUCCAAACGAGUGCACCCAGCCUCUUCGAAGGCAGCGUUACCUUUUAAAACUGGUAACAAAUUCAAGAGACAAGAUCUUCAUAUCAAACAAAAGAAGGCUCGCGAUAACGAUCGCAGAGAUAUACGCUUCAAACGAAAGAGAGAAGAAGAUAGAGAUCCCGAAUUGAGAAGGCAGCGAUUAGCAAAGAACAUUCCACAUACAAUUGAUAAUAAGCGUGUUUGGGAUGAAGUAUCGGGCGAUGGAAACGACCUCAAUAUCAGUGUAGAUGUCGAGCAAUUGAAGAGAAGGCGCAUAGAAGAGGCGGAGGCUGCAGAGCAAGAGCCAUUAGAUGAAGAAGUAGAGGAAAAGGACGAUGAUGUCGAUAGUAUGCUGGACUCAGAUUCUGAGAAGGGAUCAGACGACGAGGAUGAAGAAACCGAAAGCCGACCUCGAGCAGUUAGCAAUGCGCCUUCAACAACCAGCACAAAUCUCGACCUUACACCAUCUUCCUUAUUCCUAAAAUUUCCCACCCUCUUCACGGAUGAACCUCCGCCAGCUCCAAAAAUUCUUCUCACAACCUCCUUAAACUCUACACUCCAUGCAGAAGCUCAUCUGUUAUGCACUCUCUUUCCAAACAGCAAUUACGUUCCUCGAUCGGCCCAUCGCUAUGGACACAAAUAUUCUCUACGAGAGAUCUGCAAAUUUGCUACGAAUCGCGAGUAUACAUCCGUUGUUAUGCUUAAAGAAGACGCCAAGGUGCCCACUGGCUUGACCAUCGUCCAUUUACCAUCUGGUCCCACAUGUCAUUUCUCGAUCAAGAAUUGGGUUGAAGGGAAGAAGUUGCCUGGUCAUGGUAACCCAACAAAUCACUACCCAGAACUCAUUUUGAACAACUUUCGCACACCAUUGGGAUUGUUGACUGCGAGAUUAUUCUUGACACUAUUCCCACCACAACCAGAAUUACAGGGUAGACAAGUAGUUACGUUGCACAAUCAACGUGAUUAUAUCUUUGUCCGAAGACAUCGAUAUGUUUUCAGGGAGAAGCGAGAAACAGAAAAGAGCGUAGUAGGACCGGAUGGAAAAAUCGUGGAAGGUGUAGAGGGCAUUAGAGCUGGAUUGCAGGAGCUGGGACCACGAUUUACGUUGAAGUUGAGAAGAGUUGAUAAGGGAAUUGGCAGAGCAGGCAGUGAAGGGGAUGAUGCUGUUCAAUGGCAGUGGAAGGCAGGAAUGGAGAAGCAAAGAACAAGGUUCAACCUUUAA